AUGGAAAAGAGAAUUAGCUUGAGCCUGAAUUUCUUCCCAACUGAGUUUGAAGAUGUAUUUUAUAUGUCAAGAAAAGUUCCAAAUUUAAAAGCUUUACCGAAAUAUCUCUAUUUAGCAUGAUUUGAGUACUUGAUAUUUUAUUUUCCAGAAAGAGUUGAAAAUACAAUUAAUAUCCUCAAUUCUCACCAAUAUUCUUGAAUAAAUCUAAUCCAAAAUAUUCUUUUAACUCGCGACUGUAAUAAAUUGGAUAACUUGAGCGCUAGGCAAGACUUCUUCGAUUCAUUAAGAUCUUAUUAUUUUUUAAAAAACAAAACAACCUCUGAUCUGCUUUUAAGUUUAUCUAAAUUAUUCAAGCUUAAAAUUAUCAAAAUUAGACAAAAUCAAAACUUGAUAAUUUCUAUAUAUGGAAAUCCUUCGUGGUCUAGCUUAUUUUUAUUUGUUGAUCGUAAUACAAACUAUUCAAUAUUAUACCCAUUUUAUGAUAAAAUUGAUUUUCUUAAUAAUUGAAUUGAUAGGUUUCCAAGUAACUAUCCAGGAAUGAUUGAAUGUGUUUGCUUAAAAAAUCAUAAUCUUUGUAAAUGCAGUCAAUUGAUUCGAUCUCUUUCAAACGGGUUCAGGUUCAAUGAUACUGCCUUUUUGAUAGUGUGCAUUUCAUCGAAGUACUUUUGGUCGAAAUUUAAAUAGUGUACCCAUUUAGAGAAAUUUAACGGUUUUAUCGGUCAAAUGUCUCACUAUCAAAAAUGAUUUGAACAAAUUUUUCCCCUAGGAGAUUUGAUAUGGAGCCCUUUCAAGCAGCUCAGCAGUCAAAAAGAACAGUGAAGAAAGCAAGCAGGAAUUUUCAAUAUUGCCUGCAGAAAAACAAUUUCAAGAAAAAUCUCCUAGAAAAUAUGAAGAUCAAAAAGACUUACCUGAUAACCAAUAUGCUAUGCAUGAUCGUAAAACAAAAAUACUAAAUUUAUCACGAAAUCCAAGUAAAAUGUAUGAAAAUCGAGUUGAAAUGAAUCAAAUGUUAGCAAAAAAUAAAAGUCCAGAAAGGCAACAAGGCUCAAUAAAUGAGUUGACUAAGAAAGAAUGCGGCCACGAAAAACCAUUGUUUAAAAAUUUUUGUGGCUGUUUAUUGUGCCGAUCUUGCUCUCACAAUUAUAUUAUAGAGAGAACAUGCAAAAUUUGUAAUGACUCUUAUUUAUUAAAGGAUAGGAACGAAAGAGCAGACAGAUUUUUGGAACUUAAUAAUAUUAAAAAAUUAGAAUGCGAGAUUUGCACAAAACCAAAAAACCCCUCACUUUUAAUAUUUCUCUUGCCAGAAAUGUGUAAAGUAUGCAGAAGCAUACCCUGUAUAAAUAAACAUAUAGGAAAAUGCAAUUCAUGCAAAAAAUAUUAUGUAGAACCUUGAUAA